UUCUUCCGCCCAAAUGUCAAACAGUAGAUUUGUCUUCCUUUCCGUCACUUUAGUUUGAAUAAAGUAGACACAUUUUGUCAAGCUAACUCGCCAAGAUGGUCCAGCGAUUGACUCUGAGAAGACGUCUGUCUUACAACACCAAGUCUAACAAGCGCCGUGUUGUCCGCACUCCCGGAGGUCGUCUGGUUUACUUGUACGUCAAGAAGCAGCGUACCGUGCCAAAAUGUGGCCAGUGCAAGGAGAAGCUCAGCGGUAUCAAGCCAUCCCGGCCGAGCGAGCGUCCACGUAUGUGUCGCCGUCUGAAGACCGUCACCCGGACGUUCGGUGGUGUCCUGUGCCACCGGUGUCUGCGCGAACGCAUCAUCCGUGCAUUCCUGAUCGAUGAACAGAAGGUCGUCAAGGUGCUGAAGGCGCAACAGCUCGGCAAGCCCGUCAGCAAGCCACCGAAGAUCCAGAAGACCCCGGCCAAGACCACCGGCAAGAGCAAGUAAAAGCUUUUCGAUCAGUGUUUGAAUGUGGAGACCGACGAGGAGGAAGCGGUGGUGUACAUUGUAAGAACAAGCUAUUGGAAAACGAAUAAAAUGCGGUUGAAGAAGUA